UGAGACCGUGGACCUGCCACACUGACCGACACAGCAGUUGUUAAUGCCCAACACAGCAGUUGUCAAUGCUACCGCCCCAUUUAAUUGCGCAAACUCCGUUUUUCUCCUUCACGAUGCCCUACCUUGGCAAGUAGCUAGCUAGUUGUGGGCUAACAACCGGGCAAGCAAGCGACGGAAGAGGCUAGCUAGUGAGGACUGUUGUGCUGUGGCAUUGUAUUACCGCAACCAAGAAAAGGCAGAAUGGCUGUACCUCCCUCAUACUCAGACUUGGGCAAAGCUGCCAAGGAUAUCUUCAGCAAGGGCUAUGGUUUUGGCAUUGUGAAGCUGGAUUUGAAAACCAAAUCCCAAAAUGGAGUGAUGGAGUUCAACACUUCUGGCUCCACCAACACUGACACAGGCAAGGCCGGGGGCAACCUGGAGACCAAAUACAAGAUGAAGGAGAUCGGCUUGUCCUUAACGCAGAAAUGGAACACGGACAACACCCUUGGCACUGAGGUGGCUGUUGAAGACCAGCUGGCACAGGGGCUGAAAGUAGCCCUCGACACCUCCUUCGUCCCAAACACAGGGAAGAAGAGCGGCAAGCUGAAGUCCAGCUACAAGCGUGACUUCAUCAACCUGGCCUGUGACCUCGACUUUGAGGGUCCCAUAGUUCACUCCUCCGCCGUCCUGGGCUACGAGGGCUGGCUGGCUGCCUAUCAGAUGGCCUUCGACACGGCCAAGUCCAAAAUGGUCCAGAACAACUUUGCUCUUGGCUUCAAGGCCAAAGACUUCCAGCUUCACACCAACGUGAAUGAUGGAACAGAGUUUGGUGGCUCUAUUUACCAGAAGGUAAAUGAUCAGUUGGAGACUGCUGUUACCCUGGCUUGGACCGCAGGCAGCAACAACACACGAUUUGGUAUUGCUGCCAAAUACCAGCUGGACAAGGAUGCCUCUGUCUCUGCCAAAGUGAACAAUGCUAGUCUCAUUGGAGUUGGCUAUACUCAGAGCCUGCGGCCAGGAGUGAAACUCACUCUCUCUGCGCUAGUCGAUGGCAAGAAUUUCAACUCGGGAGGCCACAAGGUUGGCAUGGGAUUCGAACUGGAGGCAUAGAGGUCCUUCUUGGAAUGAGACAAAUAAAUGAUAAAAAAAGA